GACCAAUCGUUGAAUGCUUCGUCGCUCUGCUUCCGCCCACUUUGAGAAGGCCUGUUGAGCAGACCCGCCGCGCUCAAUUCGACGCCGCCCUCGCAUCUCGACCGAACCCCCUUUCGACCACCAUUUCAUCGAUUUCGAUCGUGCGAUGAUUUGAGACUCGAUCACCGCAUCGUCGCUCGUCAUCGCGCUCUCAAACCCGACCGGCGAGACGUUCCUGCCUCGCAUCGCCUGCUAGAGCAGCAGAGGCCGCAAUUAACAACGCAGAAAAAUGUUCUCGCCCGCGCUUCAGGAAGGCGGCCCUGCCAAGGGCACAAGGAGCAAUCGCCGACGACAACGCCCUCUCAGUUCCGAUGCUUCUGUCCAGCAACCCAAGGCCAAGCGCCAGCGAGUCCCUCUAAGCGAGACAACCUUUGUCAACCCUGAUGCGCCGCCCGAAAUGUUCGAGGUUAAAUCCGACAAGAUAGACGUCCUUGGGAUAAAGCGCGAUGGAAUCGAAAACGUGGCCGCCAUUGUCCCGCGCAAGGAGCUCAGCGUUCGGUCGAAAAAGCCGAAGCCCAGCGAGAGAACUAGCAAGGGAGACGGAAGCGUUGUGCUGACGACGAAUAAUGCUUUCACCGUGAGCAAACUGCCAGCGCUGCCUGAUAGGCUCCGUGCAGACGCGCAAAAUCGACAACACGGCACUGUCUAUUCGUCGAGUGGCUAUGCCUUGAGUCUUACCCACACCCACGCCUUCGUUUGGCCAUAUACCUCGAUAGCUCCUUCGCCCGAAACUUUCACAUUCACCCUACCGUACCCUUCAAAAUAUGCCUCCGAUCCACUUCCCCUUGCAUCGCUUGUUGCGCCCUCGGCUUCUUCAGAAGAACCAGGCCUCGUUGUCAUAAUGCCUGUCAGCGGCAAGAUCGCGUACUGGGAAUCCAUAUCUAGUGCCGCCACUCUAGACUUUAUCCGCCAACAACGGACCGGAGUCGAGGACUCGAUAUCGGGCAUGUUCUCUGGAGAGCACGUCACUCAGAUCGUCAAUGCCGAAUCGGCAGGAUUCAUUCUCGUCUUCAGCAGUGGACGGUUAGCGUACAUGAAUGUUAGAGAUAGCCACGGAAGGCCUGGAAUAUCGGUUCAGUUCCUGCGCAACGGCCUGAGUAGCGGUGGCGGAGGGUUCUUCGGCAGCAUCCGCCACGCCCUGAGCUCUUCUGCCAUUCGAGGAGAAAUCGCCGCCGUUCGAGCAAGCUACGGCAAAACUAUCGGCGAGCGGGUCAUAGUUGCAGCUACAGUCAAGGGAAAAUUACACUCUUGGAAAAUUCACCGCGGAGGCCACCACGAACCCCUGAUCGAUAUCGACAUUCGGGAUCAACUGGUUGAGGCAGUCCAGGAAGCAGACCCUGCAACUGCCGACUUGCUUGAGGACUCCUUAGAGGUGGUUGACUUCACAUUCGUGCCCCGUGGCUUGGAAAAGAAGUACGUGCAAAUAAGCCGUCUCAGCGAGGCCCUAUCAAAUGAUGAGGAUUCCUUGCAACACCUGCUACUUCUCGUCUCGUUUCCGGGCAAGCGCAAGUCUAGAUACUCGCUGGUUGAGGUUGUUAUAUCCCCUGAGGGUAUCAGGAUCGGGAUGGUGAGGCCAUUCACGUCAUACACAAGUCCCUUGAGAUCAUUAGCCCCAGCAAAACCUCGCAUAUACCUCCCGCGGCCGGCACUUGUUGCUUUUGUCGUAUUCGAUCGAGCUGUGGUUGUUGCCUCCAUGGCCUCACCACCGGACUCUCCCGACUCGCAACUGCAGGAAGACAGCCACAUAAUACCUGCAACAUAUGAGGAUGUGGUCGAUUUCCGCGACGACGACACGCUACAAAUUGUCGGGUCUGGUACCGAGGAGCCUAUUGGUAACGGCCAAGCGCACGACGAGCUACGAGUACAACGGUUCAAGACGAAGAACCCAGCCGCUGUCCUCUUGUUGCAAGGCAUUGGCACUCUCCGGGUUGCGGUCGCGGACAUUGAUCGGUUUGCUAGCGACUUGCCCCCACAAGUCACUGCGAAGAGCAAACUAGAGCAAGCCGUCUUCUUUGGGAUCAAAGAGGAUAACCCGUUGGUUUUCCAGGGCAAGAGGGAACUGGCUUUCUCAAGCCAGGAGAUUGGAAAUGCAGCGAUUGAGUUGAGCCACGAAAUUGUGAGCUCCAAGACGUCUCUCAUUGCAAACCUGCCAGCUUCUCUCGAGAUCAACAUGAAGACGAGGAGCGCCUAUCUCGAUGCUCUGAUAACGUACCUCAACAUGUCCAAGGUCGAUUUGGACACGCGUACGAGGUGGUUGCUUCUUUACAAUGCGGAAAAGAUGGCCGUGGGCACCUGGAUCUGGCAGAAACACGAGCAAUUCCUUGCGGAGCGGGCAAAGGGAGACAAGAAAAAUCUAAUCUCGGAGACGGCCGUCUACAUCAACGAACACCAAAAAACGGAGCCUAACCCGGCCAUUGGCGAGGUGGACGCUGUUAGGCACUGGUUUAUCAACGACGUGUGGAGGCUCGACAUUUUUGUUGCCUGGGGAUAUCAGAUUAUCAAGUACGCUUGGACGGAGCGUCUCGCAGACGAAGCGGGCAUCAACCGGCUACUGUGGGAGGCUGUCACGGUAAACAACGGCGGUCUCCUAGAGGCACAUCAAUACCGCACCCGAAACGGGCCGCUCUACGGCGUCAAUGCCAAGGAGGCCGCGGGAGGCAACGCCAUCCCAGAACCCUGGACAGCAACCCACUUUAUAACUAACAACCUCAAGCGUCUUGUGGAAUUCUGCUACCAGUGGCUCGACACAUACUCGGCCCAAAAUCCUGACCAGCCCGUUGUGGACCAGGGUCUCCUGGAUAACAUUCAGCAGACGCUACCCUCCCUUACGAGCCAAUAUUUCACGGCGCUGAUAGAGUUCUCUUCCUGGGCUUCCAAGAGUGACGACCCGCAGGCCCAGGAGCUGGCCAAGACGUACGAGCAAAAUUAUGUGACCGACGUUUACGACAAGAUAUUGAGGCUCAAGGAUUAUGGCCUAUGGGAGGAAGCAAUCCAGCUCGCCAUUGAGUAUACGGCAUUCGACUCAUUGGCAGAAGUUGUAGUGCAGCAAAUCUUGUCGCUUGAGCAGGACGUCUUGGCUGUCGAAAUAGCAGUUAGCAAGGACAAGGAUGCUCUGGUUGCGCUUUUAGAGAGGAAGAAGAAGCGGAUGGGCGAACUCUUUGACAAGUAUCAGGAGAAGUUCGCUUUCCGUGCCUACACAGUUUUGCUCGAACACAGCGGCAUCCAGGCUGUGUUGGACUUCCCUUACGACCACAACGGCUACGCUACGAAGUUCCUCCGAACCAAACCGGAGCUGGCCAAGAUCUCUUGGAUCAAUGACGUUCAGAGGGAAAAUGACAUUGAUCACGCCGCGUCGACCUUGCUUGAGCUCGGGCUCUCCCGCGAGCAACAAGUUUGGAGCAAGAAGAUCGAGCUGAGCCUCGGGAAGCUUGCACUACUAGCCGAAGAGGGGGAGCAGUCUGCGAAUAGAAGCGGCAGUUCGGACAACGAAGCCAAGACUAGCGCCAGCCUGUCGAAAAUCGACAAAGAAUUGGACCUCAUCAAGAUCCAAGACGCCCUUUACAGCCAGAUACUGCCAUCAAUCGAAGAGGCCGUUGACGAGUCGGCCGAGCUAGAGCUAGCCAUGAAAGAACACGCCGGUCUAAUCCCUAAGAAGCAGAAGGCGCUCCUUCAAAUCUUUGAAGACGGCAUGUCGCGGCUCCUUAAGCAUGAGGCGCUACAGCCGCCUACUCUGAUUGACCUGCUCACCUUGGCGUACUUGCAUCCCGACCACUGGAAACUUAUUGGCGACCAGUUUUUCCUGGCUCUGAAGGUUGCCCAGCACGGGCUGAAGGGCAAGGACCGCAGCAACGCGGAGCGCCUGAUUUGGCGGAGAUGUUACCUCCGUGAUGACUGGAAGCAAGUCAACGAGACCAACCAGAAGGGCGACCACAUGCAGCUUAAGAUUGUUGGCGAGACGGCUGCAUAUCACACAAUGUUCAAGGUUGAGGAAGAGAUGCAUUCGGAUGUGACUUUCGACCCGUACGUCAAGCCGUCGGAGGCGCUCGGCGUGUUUACCGAGUCGCUCGACGGCCGCUUCAAGAAGAUGGACGAAAGCUUCCGCAACAAGCUGCUCGAGUCGAUGAAGUGGGAAGACAGCAGACUAGGCAGCUUCUUAGAAAAGUCACAGCUCGAGAACUGGUACCGAAGCACGCGCGACUGUGCCGAGAAGACGGUGGCCUCUGAAAUCGACAGGCUGACAACCGAAGCCAACAAGGCUGCGCCGCCUGGUGCCGAGAACCGCCUCUCAGGGUUUUCUGCUUUGAAUCGGCGGGCGCUGGCUAGGACUCGGGGGAUUUUUGAACCGUCUACGGAGCUUUUUCCAGGGGCUUCGGAGCUUUUUGGAGCUUGAGGCGGCAUUGGUUCCAGUCGGGGUGAAGUGAGGUGGCAAAGGUUAACGAGAGGACCAAGCAAUGCUGCAUGAGAAACAAAGGGCAUGCAAAGCGGGCAAGGUAGCUUGUUAAGGUGGCUUGUUUCUUGUCAUGUUUCUA